UUGAUUCUUUCACUCUUGAAAUUUCAUGACCCAUCUCAAAUGAAAAACCUCAUCUCUUUUUCUUCUCCAAAUUGAUUCCUUUCUCAAAGAUAUAUCUAGUUAACCACAAAUUUCUUCAACACCUAUUGGUGUUUCAAGAGUUGAAGAGUUUUUUGUGAAUGUUGAUGAUGAACAUAACAGAGAUAAUGUUCUUAAUGAAGAAGAAGAGUGCAAUAUAGAAGCUUCUGAACCUACUGUUGACACCACAACAAAAGAAGUUGACGUUGAAAAUCCUUUCCAAGCCUUUAAGAGACCAAGAAGAUCAAAGGUGUGGGAUGAUUUCUUAGAACCUGAAUUCAUAAACGAAUAAAGUAAAUUAAGGUGUAAGUAUUGCAAACAUCCUCUUUCUGCCUUGAAAUCUAAUAGCAUUUCUCAUAUGAAACGACAUUUUAAUACUUGCAUGAAGAAGUCAAUAUUCUUUAAGCAACAACAGUUAAUUAAUUUAUUGCCAUCUAAUUCAAGCAUCGAUACGAAUAAAUCUGGAUUUGUUAGUGCUUUACAUGAUGGUAAAAUUGACAUGUUGAAGAUGAGAGAGGCUAUGGCUCAUUGGAUCACAAUGCAUGAGCAUCCUUUUAGUAUUGUGGAGGAGGAAGAAUUAAUUUGAUGAUGAAACGAGGAAUGCCACAAUGGAAUAGUGUUUCUCGAGUUACUAUAAGAAGUGACUCAUUCAAAGUUUAUGAGGUUGAGAAGAAAAAGUUAAAAGCUUUGUUGAAAAAAGUGGAUCAAAUUGGCUUGACUACGGAUUUGUGGAAAUCUAAGCCACAAAAAAUUGAAUACAUGGUACUUACGGCUUAUUUUGUGGAUCUUGAUUGGAAGCUUCAAAAGCGGGUACUCAACUUUGUUCAUUUGUCGCCUCCAAGAAAAGGUGUUAAUAUUGCUGAUUGCAUUUUAACAUGUUUAAAGGAGUGGGAAAUUGAAGACAAAGUUUUCACAAUUAAAGUGGAUAAUGUAUCAGAAAGUGAUUAUUGUAUCAAGAUAUUGAAGGACAAUUUUGCAACAAAUGGAAGACUUCUUUGCUGUGGAAAAAUAUUUCACUUUCGUUUUUGUGUGCAUAUUCUUAACAUAAUGGUACAACAUGGUCUCCAACAAGUGCAAUGCAUCAUUGAAAAAGUUCAUGACACAGUUGACUUCUUGAAUGCAAGUUAUGUGCGACUCAAACGAUUUGGUGAACUUAUUAGUCAAUACAAUUUGCAAGAUCGAAAAUUGAUUCUUGAAUGCAAGACAAGUUGGAAUUCUACAUAUGACAUGUUGGAUUGUGUUAUCAAGUUCAGAAAGGUAUUCCCUAGAUAUGCUUUGCAUGAUCAUUCUUAUAAGCAUUGUCUUGAUGAUGAUGAGUGGGAAAAAUUGAAAAACUACUUGAAAUUUUGAAAGUGUUUAAAGCCGCUACUAACAUUAUAUCAGGCUUUGAAUAUCCAACUUCUAACAUGUUUCUUGGAGAGGUGCAAAGAAUUAAAGUGUUGUUGGAUUCAAAAUUUGAGUAUGCUGAUGAUUUUGUUAAGAAUAUGGUUGAUAACAUGAAAGAGAUGCUUCAAAAAUAUUGGGGUGAAUGCAAUUUGUUAAUGGCAAUAUGUUUAGUAUUGGAUCCUAGAUUGAAAAUGAGGGCGGUAGAAAUUGCAUUUCCCAAAAUGUUUCCAUCACAUUUAGUUAGGGAGAACAUUAGUAAGGUCAAAGACAUCAUGUAUCAAAUUUUUGAUGAAUAUUUGACGAUGUAUUCUUCAUCUUGUAAUGUGGAAGAAAGUGAAGAACAUGCAUUUUCUAUGGAUUUUCAUGAAGGUGAUGUUACAUCUAGUGGUUUGUAUGAGCUUUUACAAGACGUUUUAGUGGGGAAACAUCUGUACCGCAUAUGAAGUCUGAACUUGAUUCAUAUUUGGAUGAGGGGUGCAUCUUUAGUUAAGAUGCGAAAUUUA